AUGGGGCUGGGGGCUGUGGGCUCCAAGCGGAAGUGGCUGCACGCCCUGUCGCUCAGCCCCAUGGACUGCGUGAAGAAGGAGGACCUCCGGCAGCUGCCUCCGGGCACCACCGCCUGCCCCUUCCAGAAGCCCCCGGAGGUGGCCGCCGUUCAGGCGGCCAAGGAGCUCCGCGGCCUGGCCCAGGACGGGCAGCAGGCGCAGGCAGCGCUGAAGGCGCUGGUGGUGGAGGGCGACUUCCAGAAGUGGCGGCGCCAGGCGGAGCUGAGCAAGGACAGCCCCGUGUGGCUGGGGAACGCCAACGCGGAGCUGCCGGCGGCGAAGGCUUCGAAGAAGCCACGGCUGGAGGAGCCGGUGCCGGGGAUCAGCGCGGGCUGCGCCUCGCCGGCCUCCUCCAAGGAGGACGAUGACGAGGAGGAGGAAGAGACCCCUGAGGCUGCUGCGGCCCGCCUGAAGGCGCAGGAGAACCUGAGCAAGCCGCCCAAGAAGGGCAUCGUGCGCUAUACCUUCCGGGACGAGGGCAUGCUGGGCAUCCGGCUCUCCCGGGAUGUGCCGCCCUGGAUCCUGGAGGUGAGGGACGGCACCCUGGCGGCGCGCAAGGCCCCGAAGGUGCCCGUGGGCGGAGUGGUGAUGUCAAUCAAUGGCUAUGACCUCUCCAUGAAGGAGAACCCUUGGGCCGUGAAAGCGUUGGCCAAGAGGCCGGUGGUGCUGGACGUGGAUUGGCCCAUUGAUGUGCCCAUGCCUUCGGUGAUGUCUGCCUAG